AUGCCGGGGAGGGUGCGGAUGGGGGCCGAUGAUGAAUUCGGCACACGCAAGAAGACCAGCAGCGCCAGCGUCUCUGCCAUCGGCUCCCUGUACAUUGCCUGGGCCGAAGAUGGAGGUACCUACGUGCAGUCGUUGGCCUCCCAGGACCAGACGCCAACGUCUCUCCAAUUCGACGCUGGAAGGUCAUCGUCUACUCCGGUCUUGGCCUUCUCUCCCAUCAAGCCAAACCUUCUCGCCGCCGCAAAUGGCCCCAAGAUAGCCAUAUACGACGUUGAGACGGGAAGAAUCAAGUAUUCGUUGAAAGGGAGCGGCCGCAAUGUCACAUGCAUAUCCUUUGUGCCAAUGGACUCCAAGAGCGUCAUCACUGGGAGCACCGAUGGCAAUAUCUGCGUCUGGUCGCUCAAAACUGCAUCGAGACCGACACAUCAGCUUCGUGGGGUGGAAGGGGCUUGUUGUCAUGCGGCCAUUAAUCCGGAUGUUCCUAAUCUUCUGGCUACCUUGCAUCGCUCGCGCAUUGCAAUCUGGUCACUCUCAGAGUCCAGAUUGGUGACGGUCACGGAUCUCCGGGAUGAGGACAUCAAAUUCCUCAGUUGGAUCCCGUCGAAAGAGGGGCCAGGUAUCCUCACUCUAUCCCAAGAAGGUUGCAUCAAUAUCAUGGACUUCAGCAACGCCAUGGACACUGUCAAGACCAGCUGGCACACCGCAGGCCGGUCAGGUUCCGACGACGACGAUGUACUCUCUGGAAAGCACAAGCAGCUCGGAGACGUGAGGGUAUGCACUUUCAACAUCGGAAAUAUGGUGCUAGAAGCUUGCAUACUGGGCCACAACGGCCUGCUUGUACUGCCACCCCACUCACAAGUGCUGUACUUCUAUGCUUACUCGCUCGAGUCGCAUACCCUUACCGAGAUCUGGCGGCUUCAGGUGGAACAUAUCUUAAAGGACUUCGUCUUACGGAGACGUGAAAGCGGUGUUGAGGUCAUUGCUUCUUUCGACCAUCAGAUGCAGACUUUUGAGAUCCCAGAUCCUGUUCUUGAUGGCAUGGGUUGGUCGACGGCCGAAAGUUCCAUGCUUCGCCCUGAACUACAACGCUUCAAAACUCAGCAAGGCUCGAAGAGAUACAAAGGAAACAUGUCACCGAGAAGGAUGGCUAGUAAGCGCUGGCGCCAGAAAAUGCUUCAUCUGCCCGAUUCUAUGGAGAAACCACAGCGUGACACGGUGGGAAUAUCAAAUGCACGGUCCGUGAAAGUGUCGCCCGAAGACCAAUCUGAGUCUAGACGCGAGGCACAUGUGUUCAAGUCCAUGACUUCUAGUCUAGAACUGCCGAAGGAGCGCCACGACGAGGAUGAGCAUGAUUCCCCAAUGCCCUUUUUGUCGCCUUCGAUCCCGGCUCGCAAGUUUUCUCCUGGACCUUUGACUCCACUCGACGAGAGUGUCCAGCUUCCGCCACGCGCGUCAUUUGAUUCGAUAGAUACCCAUGGCGUUCACGGCCAUGAUAGCGACUCAGAUGAUGAGACACUCGCAGAAGAAAUGCAAGGCAGUAAUUCUUUUCUGCCAGGGGGACUAAAUGUGCCGCUGCCCAGUACUUGUGGAGCUGUGUUUACCGCCGGGGGUCAGCUUUUAACAUUCUUCCCUUCCAGACCAAAGAUCGCGCCGACGCAAGAGGAAUGGGUAGUCGGCGACAUGGACGACAAGGCCGAUCGUACCUCAAUAGUGACUCGUCUCUUUCCCAGCUUUGGGAGCUUGCUUUCCAACGUCGACGAAGCUUCAGAUUUGAGCUCGGACGAGUCCGAGAUUGGCUUUUCUGCGGGCCCAAAGUUCUCACUGCGGCCUUCUUCAUUCGAAGAUCGUCCUUCUUGGUCUGCCAAAGCUUCGCCCGUGAAGCAGAAGCUAGCUGGCCUACUCGGAGACAAUAGAGUGAACGUGACAAUACGUGACCUGGAAACCCUGACACCGACUCGCAGAUGGCUCGCAGGGAAGUAUCAGGUCAUUCCGAAGGACGAAGAGACCGGUUCUGACCUCUGCAAUGCGAACGCAGUCUGGGCUACUGAUCAUGGAAUGAGAGACACCGGGGAUGCAUGGCGUAUGCUUGCGCUGAUCCUCGAGAAUCGAGCCACUGCACCAGAUGUUGGGCUAGACAUUAGUGCUAUGCCCGCGACCCUCGUUCCGCAAAUGUCGAGAAAUCCAUCAAUCGCUUCGAGUUUUGACGUAUCACCCGGGGCCCUGGGCUGUGAGAUGCCGAACUCCUCGCACCAUCCAUUUGGAGGCGGCUGGGCAGUUGAGCAAUUGUUCGAGUGGGCUGAGCUCAGAGCUGAUGUUCAGUUGCUGGCUUGCAUGUCUGCGAUCUUAGCUCGGACUGCUGAAGCGGCGAGGCAGCCUGUUAGGAGCGGCCGCUCUCGAUCCUCCGUACGAUCGGGUUCCAUCAGUCAUCAAUUGGCCGAGCUCGAUGCCGCUGUGCUUGAUGCUACAAGAGUACCGCCUCGGAUUCCAGUCGUGCAAACUAACUCGGACGGCGCGUCUGGUAGAUCCCCGAUCAAGAUACAGAGCUCGGGUGCAUCUUCGAGCAACCAUUCGCAGCCGACGACUCCAUAUCCUGACUCGUCACGCAGCACUCCACCGCGGACCCUCCCAAGCCUUUCGAGACAGGCAAGCAAGCUCUCGACGUCCGGGUCUGCAAGCCCAGAGCAUCAUCGGAGCAGCUUUAGCGCGGCCGCGAGGAAUUAUGCGGCAUCUAUCGCAGAAAAGUUCUCGUCCUAUGGAUCUUCGCCACCUACGAAGAAGCUCAGUGUUAGUCCAAGCAACGAACUGUCCUCAAGUUUGCCUACCAAUCACCCGGGCAGCUGGAGCAAGUCCGUGUCAUUCGCCUCCACCUUAGAUCCGCCGGGAACAGGUCGUCGUAGUCUGAGCCUUGCGCGAGAAGACGAUGAGUACGAUAGUGACAAGACAAUCGACGAUGCCAGUCUGCCUCACACGCCAAAGAGCCACGCUACUACGAUACCGUUCAAAAUGAAGCAAGAUGGAUUCUUCGAUGAAUCGUCCCUCACCUCGAGGGACAAUUUGAUGCCUCCGCGGCUGGCUGCGAAAGGUCGAUUGUGGCGCGAGCAUUACGCUGAGCAGCUGCGGUCAUGGGAAAUGUUCAUCGAAGCCGCAGAAAUCGAAGAUCGUGUUCAUUCCAACGUGUACAAAUCCGCAAGAUCAAGGUCUCGAGAGCAGAGCAUCCUUCCUCGAGCUGCUGGGAACCGGAAGCACGCAACCUGCAGCAUCUGCUAUUGCAUUAUCUUCGCGGCAGAACAACUGUGCCCUGCUUGCCUCCACACGACGCACCCGAGUUGUCUGGACGAGAUCAUUUCUACCCUGGGCGAUGUACCUUUCACUUGUCCAACAUGCGCUUGCGACUGCUCUUUGAGUACAGAUGGCAUCUAUGAGCUUGCUGAAGAGACUACGACAGAGGGACCUGUAACUGAAGCCUUGUCUUUCAAGAAAGCGACCAUUGUAGGCCAAUCUCGACUGCGACACGAAAUGCAAGUAUCGGACAAAGCCUGA